UGUAGCCUGCACCAAGAACUGCAUGAGCGAUUCGAUAGCAACUCUUCUGUACGGAAUGUGACUCGGGACAUCACGUGCUCCCGUCGCUGCAGCAUAAAGACGUGCCAUUGCUACCACUUAUACUUAUCUCGCCAUGUCUUACCAUCCCCACGACCUGUUGAUUGCGAAGUACUUCCCGGAUGAAGACCUUUCCUCCAUAGACUACGACUCGGUCCGGUACUCAGCUUUGUACAUAGGUGCGCUUGAUCAGGAACAUAUGGGUCUAAAACCUCCUCGCAUUCCAUGGCCACAGCCCCCUCAGCGCCCGGACGACCAUCUCGAAGCCAGCGUGGAGCAAUGGCGGAGCCAAGCGCUUCGGGCUAUCGACACGCGCGUAGCUAUCUUUACAUCUCGUCCUGUCCCGCAGCACACAAUAGCACUAGAAGCUAUAGCGACAGAGUCUAUGGCAACAGAGGACCUUGAAGCUCCAGUGACAACAAGUCCAUCUGCUCCUACCCACCGCCUCCUCCUUAUACCCGAGCUCUUGGAACUCAUUCUUCAGCAAGCGACGGCUCAGGUUCAACAUACCGCAUGGGAUGUAAGUCGUCUUUGGCGGUGUACAAUUGAACAUAUCCUUUCAACUCAGUAUCGGUCUCACUUUCCAUGUCCUCCAGUUGAACAGGGCGGACGUAUUGACAUGACGAUAUGUUCGUCGUGGAUGCAACCGUCGGACGAUGAGAUUGCAAUUGUCGAGCACCGGACUACGGAUGAGGUGCAAAGAGCUCAACACGAGCAUGCGUUGGUCUGCUACCCAGCCAGGAUUACCCAAGCCAACUCACUUUCCGAAGACGCCUAUCUGGCCAUCCGAAGGUCUUACGAACGUUUUGGUUGGACGACUGGAGCGUUCACCCCUGUAGCCAAAGAUCCACUAUGGCUAGACCUCAGCCAGCUCAAGAUGAAUCCUCACAUCAUGGAACUGCUUGGUAGCCGCAUGGAGCUAAAUUUCGGACGAUGUGAAAUCACCUUGAAGGCAGGUAACGACCAGCCUUGCCUACUUCGAGGAUCGCUACCAGGCGGAAGCUUUGCAAACCUGAUAGCUGAUAUGUUCUUGACGGAGCCUGCCUGCAAGACACUUGGCAUAUACAUGCCUCAGUUGCAUACGAAUCGUCUGCGUUUAAUUUCCAGAGUGUCCCAUGAAGAUGGUAUCCGUGUGGGACAUUUUCUAGGCGCACUUCAGCGGCAUGCUGACAAGCUUCUCUCUACAUGGCAAAAACAAGCCAAGAUCCUUCGCGAGAAGAUUCAAAAUACACACUGGGCAUCACUAAGCACUGACAAACAGCGGCUUAGCUCAUGGAUACAUCAUGCCUCCCCGACCUUCAUCGUGUUUUUCGAACCGACCGGUGGAUACUCUAAGACUGUAGCGCAACAGGCUUAUUAUUAUGGGGGAGACAUUCUCAGUGACUAUAGGAACGAAUGGCUCUGUAGCGUCACAGAUGAUCAGCUUAAGCUGGGCUCAUCGUUAUGAUAGACGGCCGAGCUUGCUAUCACUGGAUACGCAUUGGAGUACAGACCUGAUGGAGAGGACACCAGCAGCCACUAAAACCUUUCCUACAACACCUCCUCAAGAAAUUCCCUUCUGCAACCUCUUGUACAUCUCCUCCUCGGCAAGUAAAUCGGUCUUGAAUUGCUUUGUCUGCUCCGCAACGCGCAUGAGAUGCUGCCUCUUCAACUUCCCAUCAUUCGCCUCAUCCACCAGCGCUAUACCCAUGGCUGUCGACACCACAUUUCUGAUUUGACGGCCAUUAAAUUGUAGUUUGCGACUAUCCUUCUGGACCCAUUGCAUAAGGUCCUUGUAAUCAUGAACGAGCUUCUUUCGGUGAAGUUGCUCGAGGAAGGAUUCGAAAAUAGCUUGUUGCUGGAU